AUGAAAUAAAUUAAUAAAAUUUAGUAAUUUCUAAAGUUUCUCUACCUAAAAAAAUUUAACAUCAUUUAAUUAUAUGAAGGACUUUAAUUAACUGCAAGUAAUAAAACUGGUUUCAAUUAAUAGAUAAACUCUUCAUUAUUAGAUAAUUUCUUUAAACUUCAAUGGAAACUAAUUAAAUUCUUAAGGUUUUGCUUCUGCUUUGUUGAAUUAAUUACCAACUUAAGAGAUAUGUAUUUUGGAAUAUAUUAUGGAGAUAUUUGUAAUGAAUUAGGAUUUGAUAGAAAAGAUUUGUGUUAUUAAAUUAUAGAAGGAAAUCUAGAACUUGGGAUUUUCAAUGUCGAAUAAUAUUAUUUAUAAUAUUUUAGAUAUUAAUUAUCAAUAAAUUAAAACUAUUAGAUUGCAUAUGAUCCAUAUAUUUAUUAGUUAGAUUAAUCUUUGUAUAAUUACAUAAGAAAAUCAGUAGAUUAAGUAUAAAGUUAUUAAUUAUCAAUGAUGACUAAUUAGAUGGACAGCACAUUGAAUAUAUAACUUAUACUUGUUAUUAUUUUCAUUUUGGUGUUACUAUUAAUUUUUGUUAUAUAUUGGUUUCCAUUUCUAACGAGUACUAAAUCAUAGGUAAUUUCAAUUAAUAUAUUAUAGAUUAAUUAAAAUAUACAAAUGCUUAAUAUGAUACCAAAGAUGUAAUUAAAGAUAAUAAGGCAAUUAGAAGAUUUAUAAAGAAUCUAAUUAAGGAUACGAAUAUUUAAGAUUUAUUAUUUAAUUAUUUUAUUUCCAUUUAUAUAUUAAAUUAUUGUAUAAAAUUCUCGCUUAACAAUAAUUUACUAAAUAUUCUAAAUUAUGAGUUAAAAGAAUUAAAUUAAGAAAAAAAGUAUACAAACAAAAGGAUUAGAUAAUAACUUUUCUUAAAAACAUUUUUGA